CCCAACUCCCUGGCUAUCCAGUUCCAGCUCAGUUUCGGAAACCCACUCCAUAAAUAGCCUUGCUCUCACCUCUCAGGAACCCUAGUGAGUUGAUUCUCAGAGUUGCGGCGCCGUUCAUCCUCUCGAGCCCUACUCUCGUUCUCUGCUCGCAUCAAAAGUAAGAAUCUCGUCGUUCCAAGUUCCAAUUUCUUCGCUCCUUUCAUAUCUAUGGUUUUCCGUUCUGUUUAGUCUCUGGCCGCCGCUGUUCAUGUUACCUUCUGUUGCGUUCUUUUGUUGAUUUUGUGUUCCUCGUUCUCCAAUCUUAGGUUAGAAACAAUGUCGUUCGGAGAGGUUGCUUGCAGCUACGCCGUCAUGAUUCUCCACGACGAUGGCAUCCCCAUUACUGCUGAGAAAAUCAGCGCAUUGGUUAAGGCUGCCAACGUGAACGUCGAGUCUUACUGGCCAAGCUUGUUUGCCAAGCUGGCUGAGAAGCGCAACGUUGAUGAUCUGAUCAUGAACGUUGGCGCUGCCGGCGCCGGUGCUGCUGCCGUUGCCGCCCCUGCUGCCGCUGCUCCAGCUGCUGCUGCCGCCCCUGCCGCCAAGGAGGAGAAGAAGGAAGAGCCUCAGGAAGAGAGUGACGAGGACCUGGGUUUCGGCCUCUUUGAUUAGAGACCAGCACAUUGUUCCCAGUAUGGCGUAGUCUUCUUCUUGCAUUCGGAGUUUUUGGUUUAAUUUGUAGUUAGUAGUUUUGUUGGAGGAUUGGGACCUUGUUUCAGUUACGAUUUCCGACUGAAAGUUUAUGCUGUUGGAUCUGCGGAAUGUAGUUGAGGUGUUACUCGUUUAAUCGCUAUGUUAUUUGUUGUUUGGAUAGAUUUACUAUGCCCUCAGAAAUGGUAUGACCAGGAUCCUGCUUGAGUUUUCUUUGAGCUUGUUUAUGGUUUAGUUUGUUGGAUCUGUUUGUUUCCUCAAUAGUGUGGUGGAUAGCUUGAUACUGUAAUAGUAUCAAUUGCUGGCAUGUGCUCUCUGUUCCUUAGAACUUAAGACCAUGGUCAUCCUUGUUUGUGCUUAAGAUCAGAAUUCAGUUUUCUGUAGAGAGUUGGUGCAAAAUAUAAUUUACAUAUUAGUACCCAAAUUCAUGUCGUUUACCAUCCCGUACGCUCCAAUUAUAAAUUUCGUUCAGCUACCCAUUCUUUCCAACUUUUCACUAAAAUUCCCUUAGCAUGUGAAUUGUUCGCUAUACCCCCAUCUAUCCAUCUAAUAUCUUAGAUAACCAUGCAACCCCAUCUAAAACUUCAAGAGAGAAAAUAGAAUGAAAGACGUUGC